AUGACUCGACGAAUUGUUCGGACAGCCGCCCAGCUUACUGGCGCUGCCAUUUUCGCCUUCCUCAUCAUCGCUUUCCUCGACCGAAACUACCGUGUCCUCCCCAACUCCCUCCAUGGCUACAUGCCCUCCCACCACCCAGGUCUUGUCGUGACAGACGCUACGAUAGUCACCUGCUCCAGCCUCAACCCUUUUUCGUCAUGCGACCUCGACGCUAAAGAAUGGCACCGAGUUGACAAGGAUCUAUACCUCGGAAAAACAUGGACCACCACCGCCUACCUAUACGUCAGUCGCAAACACGAGGAGGAUCUCACCGAGGAUGACACCGUUGUCGUGGAUAUUAUGGUCGGCAAGCUUCACCCUCCGCCAAAGGGAGAAACAGAGGAUCUAUGGGAGUCUCGUCCCGCCGGACUUUGGCUCAAGCGAUCAGCCAAGAAGCAAGCCAGCGACUCUAAUCAGGCCGUGACCGACCUGGAUGUUCUAUUUGGAGAUGAUGCCGUGGAGGCAAGAGACGGCUGGACAAUCACUGGAACGCCUCUCCUCCUCAACACAGGUGGCAGCCUGCCAUGCGUGCAACUAACCGUGCGCCGAGGUCCCCAUCGCGAGAUCAAGAAGCCCCAGCCCCGGAUUCGAGAUGACGGUCGAUACAAGAUCAUGCAGAUCGGUGAUCUGCAUCUUAGUACUGGUGUUGGCGAGUGCCGUGAGGCCGUUCCAAACACAUACAACGGCGGCAAGUGUGAGGCGGAUCCCCGUACUCUUGACUUUGUCAGCCGUGUCCUUGAUGAGGAGAAGCCGGACUUGGUCGUUUUGAGUGGUGACCAAGUCAACGGUGACACAGCGCCAGAUGCGCCAACAGCUAUGUUCAAGAUCUUGUCGAUCCUGAUUGAGCGGAAGAUCCCCUACGCCGCCAUCUUCGGAAACCAUGACGACGAGAAGACCAUGUCUCGCGAGGCCCAGAUGGCCAUCAUGGAGUCUCUUCCCUACUCCCUCUCUAUAGCUGGACCAGCCGACAUCGAUGGUGUCGGCAACUACUAUGUCGAGGUUCUUGCUCGAGGCAAGACAGAUCACUCUGCCCUGACCAUCUAUCUCCUCGACACACAUGCUUAUACACCUGAUGAGCGCAACUUCCCCGGUUACGACUGGGUCAAGCCCAACCAGAUUGAGUGGUUCAAGAAGACGGCCGCUGGCCUCAAGAAGAACCAUGAUGAGUAUACUGGUCGGCACAUGGAUAUUGCAUUUAUCCACAUUCCCCUAACCGAGUAUGCCGACUUCAAUCUCCCUCGAGUGGGUGAAUGGAAAGAGGGCGUGACUGCCCCCGUCUACAACUCUGGUUUCCGCGACGCCCUCGUUGAACAGGGCGUCGUCAUGGUCAGCGCCGGACAUGAUCACUGUAACGAUUACUGCUCUCUCUCCUUAUCAGGUGAGGGAGAGAACAAGACGCCGGCCUUGUGGAUGUGCUACGCUGGUGGUUCCGGUUUCGGCGGCUAUGCUGGCUACGGUGGCUACCAUCGCCGUGUGCGUCUCUUCGAGGUUGACACCAACGAAGCUCGCAUCAAGACCUGGAAACGGCUCGAGUAUGGCGACAUUGCUGCCCGUAUCGACGAGCAGAUCAUUGUCGACGGUGGCAAGCCUCAGCCCAAGCCCAACCCCUCAUGA